CGCUACAAUCUUUUUCCUUAUUUCUGGACCGAAGUGAGUACACGCGCCUUGCUCAGUGCGUCUCACUCCACCGAACGCCAUGAAGUCAGCCACGUUAUCCCUUGGGCCGAGCUGGCAACCAGUAACCGUGGGUCAGUUUUUGGGUCAAAAAUUUGAUCUCCCAAAGUGACCUGGGUCACCUUUCUUGACGGGCUUCCAGAGCGAGAUCUGGACGAAGCUCCAGGUCGUUGCUUAGUGUAGUGAUCGAGUUAAGAGUCUGCUGAUACCGAAAAUGGAGAUGGAUAGAAUUAGCAGUUUACCAAAUGAUGUGACAGAAAAGAUUUUGUCAUGUUUGCCGCUUAGGGACGCUGUGAGGACAAGUGUUUUAUCCAGCAAGUGGAGGUACAAGUCGGCCAUGCUUCAAGAUCUAGAAUUUGAUGAGUGUUCCUGGCGGACGAGCCAAUAUCGAGAGUAUGAUGAUGAUGAUUAUCAAAUCCACAAAACCUUUGUGAACAUGAUUGAUCAUGUGCUCUUACUUCAUCUUGUCCCCAUACGCAAGUUCAAGCUAGCCUGUACUGCGGAUGAGGUAGCCACUAGAGAUAUUGAUCGAUGGAUGACCCAUCUAUCAAGAAACUCUAUCAAAGAGUUGAUAAUUAAGCUUUGGCUAGACCAUCAAUACAACAUUCCAUUCUCUGUGUUUUCAUGUCAAGGUCUUGUUCACUUGGAGUUACUCGACUGUUUGCUCAAACCUCCGUCAACAUUCAAAGGGUUCAAGAGCUUGAAGAGUCUUCGACUCCUUCAUGUCGACAUGGCCCAAGAUGUGUUUGAAAAUUUGAUUCGUUGCAGUCCUCUGCUCGAGAGAUUAACAUUGCUAAGUUGUGACGGUGUCACCAGUCUCAAAAUUGAUGCACCCAAUCUCCAAUAUUUGCACGUUUUAGGAGAGUUUGAUGUCGUUAACCUUGACAGUGCCUCAAGUAUUACUGAGGCUGAAAUUUGGAUGGGCAUCGGUAAUGACGAAAUAGGAGUUCCAGCCAGUUGGAUUCCUGCCUGCAGUUCUAGCAAUUUGCUCAUGAUCUUUGAUCACCUACCUCAUAUUCGAAGACUUAAAAUUAAUAGGCGCUUUUUAGAGUAUUUGUCUCUGGGCGCCUUGCCAGAAAAGCUCACUAAUCCAUGUCAACAUCUGAAGGCUCUUUCUGUAGACAUAUGCUUCGAUGAUCCGGAUGCAAUUCCAACUGCUCUAUGCAUUCUGAGAAGCUCCCCUGCUCUACAAGAACUAGAAAUUGAGGUGGAUCCGACAGAGAAACUCCCAAGGAUACACUCUAUUGUCGAAGAAGUGAACUCUCCUUGUGUAAAUGACAACUACAAUUGCACAUUUUCUCAACUGCGACUUGUGAAAAUAACUGAGAUCUCUGGUGUUAAAGCUGAACUAGAUUUCAUCAGAUUUCUACUCUUAAGUUCACCUGUGCUUGAGAGAAUGACUGUCACGCCUCGUAGAUUUCCCGAGCCUUCUUAUGUGGAUGGUGUUCCGAAACUAGUAAAAGAGCUACUCCAGUUUAAACGUGAAUCAAAGCAUGCAGAGAUAAUUCUCCUGGACCCAUAAUUCAUCAAUGAAUUGAAGCAGCUUUAAGGUUCUGGACUGCUGGUAGAAAUGAAUUUAGGUUUGGUGUUGUA